CCUUUGUCCAUUUCUUUGAACCACGGUGGAAAAGUUAACUCCAAUAAAGUUGUUAUUAUUGGAGGCAGAAUGAGGUUAUAUCACAGAAGGCUCACUGGUUGUUAUAAACAGCAAAUGCAUUGCGUAGAAAUAGCUGUUCCAUCGAGGUUCUAAAAAUUGCACUGAGCAGCUGAAGCAUACCAGCGAUAGUUAAGAUUGCAAGCAGAAUUAAUAGCUUUUGGAAUUACUUCGAUUAUUUUUUUAGAAUACUUUAGAAAAUAAUUCUCCUGUACCUGAGAUCAAGUAGAUAAAUAUAGAAGUAUAAAAUAUUAUAUUUUGCAUGUGUUCUAACCUUUACCGUUAUGUAUAAACCUAAAUGUAGUUCUAGGGGGAAAAAAAAACUUUCAAAACACUGGAGAGUUUUUACGUGUUGUAGUGUUUACUUCUUUUUACGUAGGAACCAAUGUUAAAUGGAAAUACUCGCAGUUGUCAUAGUUUCUAGGGGGAACUUUAAAGUCGUAUGUCCGUUUCCUGUUGAUUAGAAUCCCUAAUGAAGGAAAGAUUGAGGUUUUGGAGUCAAACUCUGUUUGGAUCAUUUAAGUCAGCAGGUGAAAAGUGAGGGACAGAAGGCUGUAUUUUCUGUGCAUGGACGGGAAGCCAAUGCGCAGGUGUACCAGCGCACGCCCAGAUACCACCGGAAUGGACAUCACCAGCCGCUGUACCCUCGGUGACCCCAACAAGCUCCCAGAGGGUGUUCCCCAGCCGGCGCGCAUGCCCUACGUGUCGGACAAGCACCCUCGGCAGACCCUGGAGGUCAUUAACCUGCUGCGCAAACACCGGGAGCUGUGCGACGUGGUGCUGGUGGUGGGCUCCAAGAAGAUCUACGCCCACCGGGUCAUCCUGUCCGCCUGCAGCCCUUACUUCCGCGCCAUGUUCACCGGCGAGCUGGCGGAGAGCCGGCAGACGGAGGUGGUGAUCCGCGACAUCGACGAGCGGGCCAUGGAGCUGCUCAUUGACUUCGCCUACACCUCGCAGGUGACGGUGGAGGAGGGCAACGUGCAGACCCUGCUUCCGGCCGCCUGCCUGCUGCAGCUGGCGGAGAUCCAGGAGGCCUGCUGCGAGUUCCUGAAGCGCCAGCUCGACCCCUCCAACUGCCUGGGCAUCCGCGCCUUCGCCGACACGCACUCCUGUCGAGAGCUGCUCCGGAUCGCCGACAAGUUCACCCAGCACAACUUCCAGGAGGUGAUGGAGAGUGAAGAGUUCAUGUUGCUUCCAGCUAACCAGCUGAUAGAUAUAAUAUCGAGUGAUGAGCUGAAUGUGCGAAGCGAGGAGCAGGUCUUUAAUGCAGUGAUGGCCUGGGUGAAAUACAGCAUUCAAGAGAGACGUCCUCAGCUGCCACAGGUGCUACAGCAUGUUCGAUUACCUCUCUUGAGCCCAAAGUUUUUAGUAGGGACAGUUGGAUCCGACCCUCUUAUAAAAAGUGAUGAAGAAUGCAGAGACCUGGUUGAUGAAGCCAAGAACUACCUCCUGUUACCUCAAGAGCGCCCCCUGAUGCAGGGACCCCGAACACGCCCUCGAAAGCCCAUCCGAUGUGGGGAGGUUUUGUUUGCAGUUGGAGGCUGGUGCAGUGGUGACGCCAUUUCCAGUGUGGAGCGCUAUGACCCUCAGACCAAUGAGUGGCGAAUGGUGGCAUCCAUGAGUAAGAGGCGCUGUGGAGUAGGGGUCAGUGUCCUGGAUGACCUCCUGUACGCAGUGGGGGGGCAUGAUGGCUCUUCGUAUCUCAACAGUGUGGAAAGGUAUGACCCCAAGACAAACCAGUGGAGCAGCGAUGUGGCCCCUACCAGCACCUGCCGGACCAGUGUGGGGGUGGCCGUCCUUGGCGGGUAUCUGUACGCAGUGGGAGGACAAGACGGGGUUUCUUGUCUCAAUAUUGUUGAAAGGUACGACCCUAAAGAGAACAAAUGGACACGCGUGGCCUCCAUGAGCACCAGGCGCCUUGGCGUGGCCGUGGCUGUGCUGGGAGGAUUCCUCUAUGCGGUUGGAGGCUCAGAUGGAACGUCUCCUCUCAACACUGUUGAGCGCUAUAAUCCUCAAGAGAACCGCUGGCACACAGUUGCACCGAUGGGCACGCGUCGGAAGCACCUAGGCUGUGCGGUGUACCAGGACAUGAUUUAUUCUGUGGGAGGAAGGGAUGACACCACAGAGCUCAGCAGCGCAGAGAGGUAUAACCCCAGAACCAACCAGUGGUCUCCUGUAGUGGCCAUGACAUCGAGGAGAAGUGGAGUUGGUUUAGCUGUAGUAAAUGGGCAAUUAAUGGCAGUCGGUGGCUUUGAUGGCACAACAUACCUGAAAACAAUUGAGGUUUACGAUCCUGAUGCCAAUACAUGGAGGCUUUAUGGUGGAAUGAAUUACCGGAGACUUGGCGGAGGAGUGGGAGUUAUAAAAAUGACGCACUGUGAAUCUCAUAUAUGGUAAUGCUUAUGCUUCCCAAGACUUUUGCUAUAUGCAAAGCUGAAGAAAAAAUGCAUCAAAAGAUAAGUGAUCGGGUUUACAAGCAAUGAGAAGACACCCUGGACUGCAUGGAUAAUUCUAUGCUGUGAAGGGUUUGAUGGUGUUCUCACCUGGGAGACUGUGCAGCUCUUGCUGACUGGAGGCCUAUUUCUUUUUACACUGCAGUGCCUAUAAUGCAAGGAUACUCCACAAGGAUUCUGCUCUGAUUCUGAAUGCAUUUAUUGGCACAGGACAGCAGACAGUCGUGACUCCCGUGUGCUCCAUAGUUUUUGUAUAUGCAUUCAUGCGUAAACCUAAACGGUUCUGUUUCUGGAUGUGGUUUAACCUGCUUAGGGUUCCCAGAGGUUUGUUUCUUUUUUCCUUUCUAAGGAGAUGCAAUUUAACAGAAAGAGACUGAAAUUGUUCAUCUGGGAGUAUUUGCACAUUAAACUGGAAUGAAGAAACCUUUUUGCAUCACUUGUAGAGCAUAAAUGUAAAAAAAAAAAAAUCUCAAAAAUGAAAUUACCAAACUGAUGCGUUCUUGAGGAUUGGAUGUUUUUCAUCUGCUCACAGUCCAAUAGCCUUUUAAGGGCUCAGUCCAGUUAUUUUAAUGUUUUUAAAAUACAAUAGGAUUUACUUUGUGUAUGUAGUCUACAUUGAAACUGCUCUCAACGCUGCAAGACAACUUCAUUUGCCAUUAUUGUUCACAUACUUUUGCUUUUGAAAAGAUGUUAGGUAGAGUGAAUUCCUCCGUUUCAAAACUCAAGACUGGAACAUAAGAACAGUUCCAAACAAGAAGGGGCCACCCGGACUGUCUCGGUCAUUGUUCUAUCUGAAAAGCUCAUCCAGCUGUUCCUUGAGAGAACCAGAAGAUCAUCUUCCACAACAUGGCUGGGCACCUUGUUCCAUUCUCCCACCACAUUUUGUGCACACAUUGAAGCACCCCACCUUCUUUUGCCCUUUAAAUGGUCACAUGGUCCACUUCAUGGGACAAACUGUAUCGAGCAGCCUUGACAUUCACUUGUGUGUUAUUAAAGGGCCACCCCCCCUUAACUGGGCAGUCUGCUUGCACGUACAAUUGUGACUUAAUAUAUUUAUGGUUCUGUAUAAUAAUCAGUAUUAUUUAUUAACCAACAUCACACUUGGUACAUUUUUGUUUUCCAAGUCCCACAACGUUAAAACUGUUUUAAACCUAGUAGUGUGUAUUUUAAUGCAAAAUGUUGUGAUGGAAGGGGAUGCAGGUAAAAGCAGAAGGGACAUUUGUUAGCCAGUACGGUUUAACCACACACUCAGUUUGCCAAAUUGUCUCUUUGAGCCUCGUUUGGAUGAUUUGAAAUGUCACCACUUUGAAAUGCUAAAGCUAUUAAAAUUCUUUAUACCGAUUGUAAAAAAUUGUUGCAUCACAGGCUAUUUUCAGUUUUCUACUGUAACUCAGUUGUGAUGCAGUGUAAGCUCAUUUAUCAAUUGUAAAAUUAUUCCUUGUAAAGAAUAGGAUGGGGAUUUCAUUUGUUAUGGAAAAUCUGUACCAUUAACUGUGCUGGUGAUCAGAAUAAAUCAUACUCCAGCAA